AUGGCCGAACCGCCUAGGCACCUUCGCCGCCGCCGGGCGCCCUCCGAGGCGGCGCUGCUCCUGCUCUCCCUUCUGGCUGCGCUCGGGACCACCCAGCCGCAGCCGAACUCAUCCGGGCCGUCGCUUCUCCUUCAGCCGGCGGAACCGGACGCUCUGGACGGGGCCGCCGCGGGGAUCUUGGUGGCCAACCGCGGACUGCGCGUGCCUUUCGGCCGCUCCGUCUCCCUGGACCCCGUCCGCGACCUGGUCAUCCGCGUGCAGCCGGGCGACAAGUGUAGCGUGACCGUCUUGGAGAGCGGGCCUGCGCCUCACCGCCCGGGGGCGCUCUCCCCACAACGCUUCCCCUGCGAUUUCGGCCCCGGAGAGGUUACCUACACCCACUACGGGUCUCGCAGCCCCGGCCGCGACCGCCUCAGCCUCCAGCUCCGCUACGACUCCCCCGGUCGCACGUUCGUGGUGCCUUUCGCGCUGGAGGCCGAGGUAUUGUCGCAGCAGCUGCGCCUCCUCAGCCGCCACCUGCCGCUCGCCGUGGAGAAGCUGCGGGGCUUCAGCCAGCCCCUGGACGCCAAAGUGCUGGCCUUCGCCGAGGAGGGAGAAGCCGGCCGUCGCCACUGCCGCCUCACAGCCCUCCCUCACGCGCCCAGCAGCGGCAACCACCUGCCUUCCUACGGGCGCUUGAUCGACGCCCGCGGCCUCCCCCUGCCGCCGGGCUACAGCAACGAGUGCCGCCGCUUCCUGAGCGAGGGCAUCCGCUACCAGCACACGGCUCCCACGCCCUCGCCCAACCGCGACCACAUCCCGAUGCGGGUGGAAGUGCUGGAGGACAGCGGCUCUCCCGACAGCCUAAGCCAGCAGGAAUACUUUCAGCUGGUGGUUCGGAUCCGGGAGGGCGCUGAGAACACGCCCCCCAAGCCCAGCUUUGUGGCUUUGCUCAUGAUGGAGGUGGACCAGUUUGUGCUUACCGCCAUCACCCCUGACAUGUUGGCGGCGGAGGACUUGGAGAGCCCGGCAGAUCUGCUGCUAUUUAAUCUCACCUCUCUCUGGCUCAGUGCUGGAGGGCAGGACGUGACAACUGGUUACUUGAUAAGUACGGAUGAUCCUAGUCGGCCACUCACGUCUUUCACGCAGCGGGAGUUGAGGGAGCUGAAGAUUGCCUACCAACCUCCUACAGUGGACUCAGACCAUGAGCGCCUCUUCCAGCUUGAGAUGGAGGUGUUGGACCCUGAGGGUGCCUCUUCAGACCCCUUUGCCUUCGUGGUGGUGGUGAAGCCUAUGAACACUUUGGCUCCGGUGGCUGUCUUUAAUCGAAUUGCCGGCCCUCAGAUGAUGCUUUUUGAAGGCCAGUCAAGGCCGCUUUCUGACAAUCUUGUAAUCAGUGAUGAGGACAACUUAGACGAAGUGAAGAUUUGGGUUACAAGAGGUCUAAAACAUGGGGAACUGAGAGUUUUGGGUGCGUCUCCUGGUCGUCAUUUUUUUACUGCAGCAGAGUUGGAAGCUGGACAGGUGAUCUACCAGCAUGAUGGCAGUGAGCACAGUUUCAGUGAUAACAUUAUCUUCCGCAUGAACGAUGGACAACACCAGGUGGAGUUUUUUUAUCCAAUUACAAUUGCCCCUGAUGAUGAUCAACCACCACUCCUUAAUGCCAACACUGGCUUGGUCCUAAGUGAGCACCAGAUAGUGCAGAUCUCACCCUUUGUUCUCAGUGCUACUGAUAUAGAUUCUGAUGACUCAACUAUUCGAUUUGUUGUUAAGGAGGUUGAAAAGUCUUCAGAUAUACCUAUCCGGAAACAUUUUGGUGAGCUUCUAUUGCGUCAGGAAGAAGUUCCAUCAUCCUAUGAAAAAAAGGAAGAGAUAGAAGAAGAUCAUAGUGAUCCAUCCUCCUGGCAUUUUAUAGACAGUGAGGCUAUAUAUGAGAAGGUAGUGACUGAAUGGCUGCAAGAGGAUAUCCUACAUGGAAAGUUGUUCUACAGACAUAUUGGACCUCAUAGCACCAAUGUAGUGAUGGACCAGUUUGUAUUCUAUCUCCAAGAUGAUAAUGACCCUCCAAAUCAAUCUGAAGAACAGGUAUUUAUCAUCAAGAUACAGCCAGUAGAUAACCUAUCUCCAGAACUAUACCCAGGGACAACUUUACAGAUGACUGUCCUGGAAUACCAGGUGACACAUUUCACGAAGCAUUAUCUGUGUUAUACUGAUUUGGACACAGAUGACAGAGAGCUGAAAUAUACAGUGCUUACAUCACCAACUGAUAUUGACGAAAAUCACCCUGUUUUGGCAGGUGAAAUUGUAUUGACUGACAGCCCUCUAGUGCCUAUUACCCAUUUCACUCAAGCACAGAUAAAUCAUCAUAAAGUGGCCUAUAGACCACCAGACCAAGAACUUGGCAUUACUCCAAGAAUAGCACAAUUCACUUACAGCGUAGAAGAUGCAGCUGGUAAUUCCGUGCUAGGUAUUUUCACUUUCUUCUUGCAGCCAGUGAAUAAUCAGCCCCCACAAAUAACCAAUGCUGGUUUCACAGUUUUUGAGGGGCACACCUUCUUUCUCACCACCAUGCAACUAGAUGCUACUGAUAAAGAUACAGACACUGACCGAAUUGUCUUCACUUUAACUGAAGCACCUCAACAUGGCUACCUGCGCUACCUGGAGGAGGCAUUAAUGGUACAGGGUGAAUCUUUUCUUUUAGAUGACGUUGCUAAUGGUCGCAUAUCUUAUCAGCAUAAUGGUGAUGAGUACAGAAGUGAUUCCUUUCAAUUAGAAGUAAGUGAUGAAGUUCAUCAAGUACCAAUCACAGUUAAAAUUGCUGUUCAACCAGUUGAUGAUGAACGUCCCAGCAUCAUGGUCCCUGGUAGUAAUGGACUUUUGGGGGCCUUUAUUGAUGUUCUGGAAAAUAGUGCUACUGAAAUAACUACUUCUCUUAUCCAGGGCACAGAUGAGGAUACUGAUGAACUGGCAUUAACUUUUAUUGUAGAGGACCCCCCUAAGCUGGGUAGCAUUUUAGUGGAUGGAAUACCCUCUAAAAAAUUCACUCAAGAGGAUCUCAUAAGCGGAACAGUCGUUUAUGCUCACAAUAGUGGAGAGAUUGGAUUGAAGAAGCAGACGGAUUCUUUCAAUCUUACUAUCUCUGAUCGGUCCAGUGAGUGGGUGGUGAGAGGAAGCACAAUAGAAGGAGUGCGUGUGACUGUAACUCUUUUGCCAGUGGACAACAUUGCUCCUGAAGUUAUGUUGGGAGAAGAACCAUUCACUGUUCAUGAAGGAGGAAAGAAUGUGCUAAGGUUAGAACUGCUGGAUGUGGAAGAUAUUGAUACUCCCAGAGAUGAUGUUCUCUGUACCAUUCUAACACAGUCAACUGCUGGAUACCUAGAAAAUAUCUCUCCAGCACCAGGAUCUGAAAAAUCCAGAGCUGGGAUUCCCAUCAGUGCAUUUUCCAUCAAAGAUAUUCGUGUUGGUCAUAUCAAUUAUGUUCAGAGCAUCCAUAAGGGGAUAGAACCUUUAGAAGACAGGUUUACUUUCCAGUGUUCUGAUGGUAUCAACUUUUCACCACCUCAGUUCUUUCCAAUUAUCAUUAUCCCAACUAAUGAUGAGAAGCCCGAAUUGUUUGUACGUGAGUUUGUGGUGUUGGAAGGAAUGAGUUUGGUAAUUGAUACACCCAUUCUCAAUGGUGCUGAUGGCGAUAUUCCCCCAGAUAAAUUGCACUUCUUUAUAACUGUUCCUCCAAAGCAUGGGCAGAUUGUUAACCAGCUGGCUACCGGUACUGUGUCUGUUACCAAUUUCACUCUAGAAGAAAUUCAGGAAGCAUCUAGCAUUAUAUAUGAGCAUGAUGACUCAGAAACUAAAGAGGACUCUUUCAAAAUCCAACUUACUGAUGGUCUACACACAGUGGAAGAAGAAGUAUUAAUAAUGGUUAUUUUGGUUGAUGAUGAAACACCCCGGAUGUCCAUCAAUGAUGGCUUAGAAGUAGAUGUUGGGGAAUGUAAAGUUAUCACCAGUCAAGAUCUCAAAGCCACUGACAUAGACUCAGAAGACAGGAUGCUUACUUACAUUAUUCGUUUAUCCCCCAGGCAUGGCUUAUUACAGCAUAUAAGUAAUGAAAAAGAGGUGCUAUAUAACAUUACACUUGGCAUGAAUUUCACACAGGAUGACAUAGAUCAUAAAUCUAUAUGUUAUACACAUAUGGGCCAACAGGGACUCCAUGACUUAUUUAAGUUUGAUGUCACUGAUGGCAUCAAUCCCUUGAUAGACAGAUAUUUUUACAUUACUAUCAACGGCAUUGAUAUGGUGUUUCCUGAAGUGAUCAAUAAAGGAGUCACUCUGAAAGAAGGUGGUAAAGUGACUCUCACUACAGAUCUCCUCAGUACAAGUGAUAUCAACAGUCCUGAUGAACUACUUAGGUUCAGCAUCACACGGGCACCAAGCAGAGGUCAUUUAGAGAAUUCUGACAACCCUGGAGUUCUUGUCACUACCUUCACUCAGCUUCAACUAGCUGGCAACAAGAUUUAUUACAUCCACACUGCAGAUGAUGAGGUGAAGAUGGAUAGCUUUGAGUUUGAAGUGACUGAUGGCUAUAAUCCAGUCUUCCGUACUUUUAGAGUUUCUAUUACUGAUGUGGACAAUAAGAAGCCAGUUCUCACAUUACAUGACCUCACAGUUCAAGAAGGGGAAACCAGACUGAUCACACCAUUUGAGCUAAAUGUGGAUGAUCGGGAUACACCUGAUCAUCUGCUCCGUUUCAUAAUUACCCAAGUCCCUGUACAUGGUCAAAUUAUUUAUAACAACAGCUAUUCUGUCACGAGCUUCACUAAACAAGACUUAAAUGAAAAUAUGAUCAGCUACAAACAUGAUGGCACGGAAACUAAUCAGGAUAGCUUCUCUUUCACUAUAACAGAUGGGACACAUCCAGAUUUUUAUGUUUUUCCUGAUACCAUCCUUGAAACACGUAUCCCACAGAUGAUGAAAAUUCAGAUCAAUGCUUUAGACAAUGGAAUACCACAAAUAGUAGUGAACAAGGGUGUCUCCACACUGAGAAAUAUAGCAACUGGACAUCUGGGCUUCCUAAUAACUAGCAAGUCUCUGAAAGCAGAAGACAGAGAUAGUCCACACAAAUUAUUGAAAUAUAAGAUCACAGAUGGGCCAAAACAUGGAUUUCUCAUUAAUAUUGGUCUAGGAAAUGCAAGUGUCAAAUCCUUUUCCCAAGCUGAUAUCGAUGACAUGAAGAUAUGUUAUGCCUUGAAAGAACGUGAAAAUGCUACGAGUGAUAUCUUCUAUUUUUCAGUUGAAGAUAAUGGAGGAAACAGAUUGAAGAGCCAACCUUUUCGUUUGAACUGGGCUUGGAUUUCAUUGGAAAAAGAAUAUUACAUGAUAGAUGAGGAUUCCAAGGUUCUGGAGGUGACCCUGAAACGCAGAGGAUAUCUGGGGGAGACUUCAUUUAUUAGCAUUGGGACUAAAGAUGGAACAGCAGAAAAGGAUAAAGAUUUCAGAGGAAAAGCUCAGAAACAGGUUCAGUUUAACCCGGGACAGACUGUGGCUACUUGGCGAGUAAGAAUAAUUGCAGAUAAUAAAUAUGAAGAAUCUGAGACCUUCCAGAUUAUUUUGUCAGAUCCAGUUAUGGCUGCCCUGGAGUUGCCAGAGAAGGCAGUGGUGGAAAUCAUUGAUCCUGGUGAUGAAUCUACUGUGUAUAUUCCUGGGUCAGAAUAUAAAAUAGAGGAAGAUGUUGGUGAACUGUUAAUCCCUAUCAGGAGAUCUGGAGAUACUAGUCAUGAACUAAUGGUUGUUUGUUCCACUCAUCAAGGGACUGCCACUGGCACAAUUCCUUCUAUGGUCUUGUCAUAUUCUGACUACAUAUCUCGUCCUGAUGACCAUACCAGUCUAAUUCGCUUUCAUAAGGAUGAGACGGAGAAAAUAUGCCGGGUCAUAAUUAUUGAUGAUUCACUUCAUGAGGAAGAUGAAAUUUUUAAUGUCACUUUAAGUAUGCCAUUGGGUGGAAAAAUUGGAGUUGAAUUUCCCAGUACUAAAGUCAUCAUUUUAGCUGAUACAAAUGAUCAACCUGCUUUUUAUUUUGGUGACACUGAAUAUUAUGUUGCGGAGAGUGCUGGUUAUGUAGAAGUGCGUGUUUGGAGAACUGGAACAGACUUAUCUAAAGCUGCCACUGUCACAGUUCGUUCCAGGAAAACUGAACCAGUAUCUGCAGAAGCUGGAGUUGAUUAUGUUGGCAUAAGCCAAAACAUGGAUUUUGCUCCUGGUGUAAACAUGCAGACUUUUCGUGCAACUAUUUUGGAUGAUCUAGGACAGCCGGUUCUUGAAGGCCCAGAAAAGUUUGAACUUGUUCUCCAGAUGCCAGUGAAUGCAGUGCUUGGAGAGCCAAGCAAAGCUACUAUCAUCAUAAAUGAUACCAUCACUGAUUUACCCAAAGUUCAAUUUAAGGAAUCUCUUUACAUUGUGAAUGAAAAAGAUGGUCAGGUGGAAGCUAUAAUCUCACGAAGUGGAGAUGUUAAUCAUAAGUCUACUGUCCGCUGCUACACUCGCCAAGGCUCUGCCCAGGUCAUGAUGGACUAUGAGGAGAGACCAAACACAGAUGACUCAAUAAUAACAUUCCUACCAGGAGAGAUAGAGAAAUCCUGUUUUGUGGUUUUGGAAGAUGAUGCUAUCUAUGAAGAGGAGGAAGAGUUCAGACUGGUGCUUGGAACUCCCAAAAGUACCUCUUCAUUUGGUGCUUCCAUUGGGGAGCCAAAAGAAGUGCUGGUGAAGAUUAAGGAUGAAGAAGACAAACCAAUGAUUAAAUUCUCUGAUGUGAAAUACAACAUUCAAGAACCACGGGAGCCUGGAGAGAUGGCAGUAUUAAAGAUCCCAAUCUUGCGACUUGGAGACACUUCCAAAGUUUCUAUUGUAAGAAUUCAUACUAAAGAUGGUUCAGCUACUUCUGGAGAAGACUAUAAUCCAAUGUCUGAGGAUAUUGAAUUUAAAGAAGGAAAAACAGAGCACUUUGUGGAGGUUGAAGUUUUGUAUGAUGGAGUGAGAGAAAUGCGUGAAGCAUUUACAGUGCAUUUGAAACCUGAUGAGAAUAUGGUGGCUGAAACACAGAUGAAUAAAGCCAUUAUAUACAUUGAAGAAAUGGAUAGCAUGGCAGAUGUGACUUUCCCAGCUGUGCCACAAGUUGUAUCACUUCUGUUGUAUGAUGACACUGCCAAAAGUAAAGUAAAUCCCCAGCCUCCCAAUGGAUAUCCUAUUGUGUGUGUAACGGCAUGCAAUCCCAAAUACUCAGAUUAUGACAAGACUGGAUCUAUUUGUGCUGCUGAAAACAUCAAUGACACAGUGACCUUGUAUCGUUGGCUUGUCAGUGCCCCAAGCGGCAUGGAUGGUGUGACCAGCCCUAUGCGUGAAGUAGAUUCCAAUACUUUCUUCACUAACACAAAGUCAAUUGCUUUAGACUCCAUCUAUUUCCAAGCUGGCUCCAGGGUUCAGUGUGCAGCACGCGCUGUCAAGGCCAAUGGAGAUGUGGGCUUAGAACUGUUGAGUCCCAUCCAUAUAAUAAAUAGACAAGAAGGUCUGUGCCAACCACGUAUUCUGGGUACAGUUGGAGCAGAGCCUUUCUCAGCCAAAAUUCAUUAUAUGGGUCCUGAUGAUCCAGACUAUCCAAACCUGAUCAGGUUUUCAGUUACCAUGCCUCAUAUAGAUGGAAUGUUGCCAGUAAUCUCAACCAGACCUUUGUCCAAUUUUGAGUUGACAUUGAGUCCGGAUGGCACUCGUGUAGGCAAUCACAAAUGCUCCAAUCUCUUGGAUUAUAAUGAAAUUGAAACAAAACAUGGCUUCAUCACAGAUGAUAUCAAGAAUCCAGAAGUGAUUGGAGAAACUUCACCCUAUCAAUACAGCAGUAGCAUACGGUCAGCUAAGACUUUACGUUUCUACCGUAAUCUCAAUCUGGAGGCCUGCCUGUGGGAAUUUAUUAGUUAUUAUGAUAUGUCAGAACUGGUAACUGGCUGUAGCGGCUCCAUUGGGACAGAUGGUCAGGUGUUGAAUCUGGUUCAAUCAUAUGUCACUCUUCGAGUGCCCCUCUAUGUGUCUUAUGUCUUCCAUUCACCUGCAGCAGUUGGGGGCUGGCAACAUUUUGACCUGCAAUCUGAGUUGAGGCUCACCUUUGUGUAUGAUACUGCAAUUCUAUGGAAAGACGGCAUUGGAAGUCCACCAGAAGCAGAACUGCAAGGGUCUCUUUACCCAACCAGUAUGCAAAUCAAUGAUGAAGGGCGAUUGGUGGUCCAUUUCAGGACUGAAAUUCGAUUCAGGGGGCAGUUCAUAAUAUCCCACCCAGGCACUUCUCUGGCUUCUAUGGUGAUGUCAUCUGACCAUCCUGGCCUUACAUUCACAUUGAACCUUUCUCAAAGUGAGCAAACUUUCAAUCAGCCAAUGCAGCAAUGGAAGUUUCUUUCCGAUUUUGCUGUACGUGACUAUUCUGGCACUUACACUGUGAAACUUCUCCCCUGUGUUGCCACACCCAGCCAAGAAUACACCCAGCCUGUCAUCUGCAGCCCACGGGAGCCAAUCACUUUUGAACUAGAUAUCAGGUUCCAGCAGGUCAGUGACCCAGUAGCAGCUGAAUUUAAUCUCAAUACUCAAAUGUUUCUGCUAUCCAAGAAGGAUCUGUGGCUGUCUGAUGGCUCUCUGGGAUUUGGGGAAGAAACUGACGUCUCAUUCACAGAGGGUUCAGAAAUCUAUGGUCGUGUCAUGGUGGAUCCUGUUCAGAAUUUAGGGGAAUCUUUCUUCUGUAACAUUGAGAAGGUGUUCUUAUGUACAGGGGCCGAUGGGUAUGUUCCCAAGUAUAAUCCAAGUAACAAAGAAUAUGGUUGCCUAGCUGACUCACCUUCCCUAUUGUACAGAUUCAAAAUCCUGGAUAAAGCUCAACCAGAUACACAAGCAAAAAUGUUUGGAAAUAUGGCAUUCCACGCCAAAUUAGCAGUUGAUCACAUUGAUGGCUAUCCUUUGGUAAAACAGCCUGGUUCUGAUGGUUUCAGCCUGCUGUCAACUCCAUUAUUUCAGGUGGCAGUGGGUCGAGAAUGGUACAUCCACACCAUCUACAUGGUUCGAUCACGUGAAAAUGCUCAUAAGGGCCUUGGAAAAAGAAGUAUUGAGGAUCACCAUGUUUUAUCUUGCAAUAACAGCACCUCACAUCUUAGUCGCUCUCGGAGAGCUGUUUCUGAUAUUCCUGCAGUUGCCCAAGAUAUUGGUACUGAUAAGAAUAGAGGAACAAAUAUCCAGCAUAUAGUUCUUGACCGAUCUAAUAAAAUUACCCUCAAGCAAAAAGAAUGGUCUCCAGCAGGUAAACCCUAUGAAAAGCCAGUCCUGCAAAUUCCAGGAAGUAAUGCAGAAGACAAGAUAAUUCCCAUUAUUGGAGGUGCAAUUGGACUAUUGCUUCUUCUCUGCACUGUUAUAAUUAUUAUAUUACUUCUGAAGCGUAAGGGACAUUCAACUGAUGGAAAAACAAGCUCAUUUCCCAAUCAUUCCAACAGUAAUGAAACUAUGACUACACAGCAGAGCAAUAAUGAUAGCUCUGAAGUUUAA